GAGCAUUGAAGGAAGGAAGGAAGGGAGCAAGGGAGACACAAAGUCAAAAGAAAUCUACAUCUGAGAUGAAGAAAGCAGGGCUUGUGUUCAUCCCAUGUCCAGGGAUCGGUCACCUUGUCUCAAUUGUAGAGUUCGCGAAGCGCCUUAUCGAUCGAGAUGAUCGAUUCUCCAUCACCAUCCUUGUCAUCAAACCACCCUCCAGCCACCCAAGCAUUGACUCCUACACCAACUCAUUCUCCGCCUCCUACCCACUCAUCCAACUCAUUGACCUCCCUCAACUCCAUCCACCCAACUCACUCGAACUCUCCAAUUCCCAUGAAAACUAUCUCACUCUUUACAUAGAAAGUUUCAAACCCCACAUCAAAGACGUCCUCGGUAACCUCAUCGGGUCGACUCACUCUCACCCUAACUCGCCCCGACUCGUUGGGUUAGUCCUCGACUUCCUUUGCCUUUCCAUGAUUGACGUUGGCAACGAAUUCGGUCUUCCUUCUUAUCUAUUCUUGACCUCCGGUGCUGCGUGUCUUGGCCUCGGGCUAUACAUCCCAACUCGCCAUGACAGGGUCAGCACCGAGUUCAGCGAAUCGGAUCCUGAGUUUUUGAUUCCGGGUUUUAUCAACCCAGUUCCUCCACGAGUUUUGCCCUCCGCAGUGUUCAACAAGGACGGUGGUUACGCUGCUCUUCUCAAGCUUGGAAAAAGGCUUAGGGACACCAAGGGCAUAAUAGUAAAUACAUUACUGGAGUUGGAAUCCCAUGCUAUUAGCUCAUUUUGCGACGAUCAAACCCCUCCAAUCUACACCGUCGGACCGCUGAUUGAUGCGAAGGGUGAGGCCCAGAACAAGCUAGGUUCCCCAUGGUCCCACAGUAAGAACAACAACAUAAUGAAAUGGCUGGAUGAUCAAGAUCCAUUGUCGGUGGUGUUCCUGUGCUUCGGCAGCAUGGGGAUAUUCGGUGCACCCCAACUCAGAGAGAUAGCUCAAGCGCUGGAGCGCAGUGCGCAUGGGUUCUUGUGGUCCAUUCGUGUACCACCAACGACAACAACACAAGGAAAAGCUGAGAAUCCGGAGGAAAUGUUGCCAGAUGGGUUCAUCGAACGGACCAGAGGGAAGGGGAUGGUGUGUGGGUGGGCCCCACAGGCGGAGGUACUGGCCCACAAAGCGAUCGGAGGGUUCGUAUCGCACUGCGGAUGGAACUCGAUCAUGGAGAGCUUGUGGAACGGUGUGCCUUUGGUGACGUGGCCAAUGUACUCUGAACAACAGCUCAACGCGUUCACGAUGGUGAGGGAGUUGGGAGUGGCAGUGGAGAUGAGGUUGGACUAUCGCGGCGGUGGAUUUGGCGGUGACGUUGGUGACCUUGUGAUGGCCGAUGAGAUAGAAAGAGCGGUGAGUUGUGUGAUGGUAAGUGACAGUGAUGUGAGAGAAAAGGUGAAAGAGAUUGGAGAGAAGAGCAAGAAGGCGUUGGUGGAGGGUGGAUCUUCAUUCAACAUGAUCGGAAAGCUGAUGGAGGAUAUGUUACUCAAUGUUUGAUUGCCACGCGGCAGAGCAUUUGUCAAUUUCACAAUAAAGUAAAGGUAAUUAAUUUCACAAUGUUUGUAACGGAAAAGUUGUUUGUUGGUAUUGAAAAUCGUCACGGAGUGUACUGUGUAGAAUGAUUAAAAAAAUAUAAAAAGAGUAAUGUUAUAAAUUUUAAAUAAUUUAUUAAAUAUUUUAUUAAAUUUUUUACAUGUGUAACGUUACACACAAAUUUACAUGUGUGUAACUUUCACAAAAUUUGAUAAAAUAUUUUGUAAAUUAUUUAGAAUAUCUAACAUUAUUCAUAUAAAAAAAUAUGAUAAAGUGUAAUUGAUGUGUAAUAUGAUAAUGCUGCACUUUAAACCAACCAAUAAAUUUUCUUGAGAGU